AUGGUUGGUGUUACAGACUCUAGCAAAAGGUAUGAUCUUUAUUCUGAAAUUUAUGGUACAAAAAGAUUUGAGGAUUCUUUUAAAUCAAAUGAUGAAGAAAUUACAGCAAAUGAUCUUUUAAAAAUAUGUGAUUUUGAUAACCUUCUAAUAGGUGAUAUAACAAAUGAUCUGAUAGAAAAUAGAACCCGAGAAGUUAAACAGUCAGGAACUGAAGAUACUUCUUUCAUAUUAUCACAAAAGACAGCAAUCAAAAAUGUACCAGAUACACAAAGUUUAUCAAGUGCAGAUAAUACACCAGUUACUAGUCCAAGGAAAAUAGGUACCAGAAAUGAUAAUACUCCAAUGGGUUUAAAACAUCCACAGUUAAAUUCGACAAGUAAUAAUCCAUUUAGUACAAAUAAAAAGAAGAAUGAUAAUGAUCAACAGAAUGUACGGAAUAUGUAUUCUUCAACUGCUUCCUUAACAGGUUCUACACAUACUUUACAAGGUAAGAAUAGCAUUAACCAAAAAUUACAAUCUCAAGGUCCAACAGAAGAUUCACAUGAACAGAUGCAGAAUAUUAGUGUAAAAAAGAAUACUUUACCAAAGAAAAAGCCUUCUUUACCACAUUUAGCAUUAGCUGGUCUAAAGAAACAAUCAAGUUUCUCUAGUCCAUCGAAUACACCUACACAAAAGAAAUCACCAUUUCAAGGGUUUGGUUUAUUCCAUAGAUCUACAUCAAGAGAUUUUCAAGAUAUAGGAGAUUCUUCUCAACAUUCUCCACGCAUACCACAACAAAAUUAUGAAAUUUUAAGUAAUGGAACAAUUAAAGAUAAGGAGUCGAAUAAUAAUGAUAACAAACGUUUAACACCAACUUCAAGUUCGUUAUCUUUGAAUUCAUCUGCAUUAAAAUCGCUAGCUACAAAUUUUCAAUCAAGGAGGUCAUCUCAAAAAUUUGAUAAUAAGAACUCUACAGAAGUUGGUACAAACCCUUUUCUUGAUAAUCCAAGCAGCCCAUUAGCAACGUCCCAGAAUGCUUUUGGAUAUUCUGAUAAUAAUAACGGUCAUCCAAACAGCGCACAACAUUGUCAGAACAACCAAAUUGUUGGACUUGGUAUUAAAACACGAAGUUCAUCUGCCUCUUUGGUUUCAAAGAGGUUCACCUCGAGUUCAGGUUCAUCAUUACCAUAUCAUCAACGUCAAAGCAGUGUACAUCAGGGACAUAAGAAUCAUUAUAGACGUAGUAGUUUUACUCCACCAUCUUCAACUGUUUCGGCAAUGAAGCAAAAUUCACAUGCAAGAUCACAUUCCGUGAAGAAACCUCAUGUAUAUCCCGCUUUACUGUCCAAGGUAGCUCAAAAUUUUAGGGCAAUGAUACGGCUUGGAGAAUAUAAAAAAGACGGCUUAUUGUACCGUGAUGCAUUCACCGGGCAACAUGCUGUAGAUAUUUUAUGUGCAAUGAUAAGAACUAGUGAUAGAAAUUUGGCGUUACUACUUGGUAGAUCAUUGGAUGCUCAAAAAUUAUUUCAUGACGUGGUGUAUGAACACAGACUGCGUGAUUCUCCUUUUGAAAUUUAUGAAUUUACAGAUAAUGCUCGAUUCAUUGGCUCCGGGAAACCAACGCAUGAUCCAUUGAUGAUGAUGUCGAACCCUUCGACACAAACCAGUUUUGUAAGAACAAGUAAUCAAGGGUUAAAUAUGUCUAGUUCUACUUCAUCAUUAUCUAGUUACCAGACUAGCUCAACAUCACUUUCAGGUAUGCCGUCAAACGGUAGGAUGAGUCAGCAAACAUUCCCAUCAUCGGUCUCCUCAUCUUCACAUCCGAACCAAGAAGUAACCCCAAAAACAACAAACGUUAACGGUGUCUUUACUUUACUUUCAGAAUGUUAUUCCCCCACAUGCUCACGUGAUAAAUUGUGCUAUUCUAUUUCAUGCCCAAGAAGGCUUGAACAACAAGCUAGGUUAAAUUUAAAACCUAAUGGUGGGUUAAAGAGAAAUAUAUCUAUGGCACUGGAUGAUGAUGAGGAAGAAAAACCUUCCUGGACAAGUUCUGUAUCCGAAGAUAUUUGGAAAGAUUUACCAAAAAAAGAGAUUAAAAGACAAGAAGCCAUUUAUGAAGUUUAUAUCACAGAAAAGAAUUUUGUAAAGUCAUUGGAAGUGACAAGAGACACCUUCAUGAAGACACUGGCAGAAACGAAUAUUAUCCCCGCCGAUAUCAGAAAGAAUUUUAUUAGGCAUGUCUUCGCCCAUAUUAAUGACAUAUACUCUGUAAAUAGAAGAUUUUUAGAAGCUUUAUCUGAUAGACAAAAGAGUUCACCUGUGGUAAGAGGAAUUGGUGAUAUUAUACUUAGGUUCGUUCCAUUUUUUGAACCAUUUAUUUCUUAUGUUGCUUCAAGACCUUACGCCAAAUAUUUAAUCGAAACUCAGCGAUCAGUAAAUCCCUAUUUUGCCAGAUUUGAUGACGAUAUGAUGAGCUCAUCUUUAAGACAUGGUAUUGAUUCAUUUCUUUCUCAGGGUGUUUCUAGACCUGGUCGUUAUAUGCUAUUAGUUAGAGAAAUUUUAAAGUCAUCUAAUCCUGACAAAGACAAACGCGACAUGGAAGCCUUGGAGAGAGCUGGCGAAUCAUUGAAGACUUUUAUGAAGAGAAUAGAUAAGGCUAGUGGUGCUGCUCAAGAUAGACAUGAUGUUAAAUUACUAAAACAAAAGAUAUUAUUUAAAAAUGAAUAUGUUAAUAUGGGCCUCAAUGAUGAAAAACGUAAAAUUGUACAUGAGGGUAUACUAUCAAGAAAGGAAACUGGGAAGUCAGAUGCAACAGUGUCUGGUGAUAUUCAAUUUUAUCUUUUGGACAAUAUGUUACUGUUUCUAAAAGCAAAGGCUGUGAAUAAAUGGCAUCAGCACAAAGUAUUUCAGAGACCUAUUCCAUUACCGUUACUAUUUGUUUCCCCUUCUGAAGAUAUGCCUCCACUACGCAAAUACAUAGGGAGCUCACCGGCUUCAUCUGGUAGUGUGGUGAAGCCUGAGUACAAUGCAACAAAUCCCAAGAAUGCCUUAACUUUCUUAUAUUACGGUGCAAAACAGAGAUAUCAGGUAACGUUGUAUGCACCUCAAUACGCCGGCUUACAGACACUUAUUGAUAAAAUUAAGCAAGAACAACAACGCAUCAUUGACGAAACAUCCAUGAUAAACAUUACUAAGAUGAGUGACAAAUUUUUUGAUUAUUCGAAUAAGAUUAACAGCGUUACUUCCUGUGAUGGGGGUCGUAAAUUGUUAAUAGCAACAAAUUCUGGCCUAUAUGUUGGUAAGAUUAAAAGAAAGGACGCAAAAAUUCAAGAAACCAUAGAUGAUAAAUCAGCGAAUAACGGUGGUGGUUUAACGAGUCAGACUACUUUCUUCUCCACUCCUACGUUGUUGGUUCAAAAGAAUAACAUUGUUCAAAUUGCGGUAUUAGAAGAAUUUAAAUCUAUUUUACUUCUGGUUGAUAAAAAAUUAUAUUCUUGUCCAUUGCAGCUACUUGAUGUAGAAGGUAAUGCCACAUCAUAUUUUAAAAAGCAUUCAAAAGAGCUGAUCAAUCACGUCAACUUUUUCUCCGAGGGAGAUUGUAAUGGUAAACGUCUAAUCGUAACAGCACAUAACUCUUCGCAUUCCAUAAAAUUUUUUGAACUAGAACAUCCUUUGCUAUCUUCCGGUAAUGGAGCAAGUAACAAAAAGAGCUUGAAAAGAAAAAUUACAGAAGUUGUUUUUGAUUCUGAACCCGUUUCCAUUUCAUUUUUAAAGGCCAAUCUUUGUGUUGGGUGUAAAAAAGGAUUUCAAAUUGUUAGUAUCACACAAAAUGCGCAUGAAUCAUUAUUAGACCCCGCUGAUACUUCUCUGGAGUUUGCGCUUAGAGAUACAUUGAAACCUAUGGCAAUAUACCGUGUUGGAAACAUGUUUUUAUUGUGUUACACCGAAUUUGCAUUCUUUGUUAAUAAUCAAGGUUGGCGUAAAAAGGAUUCCCAUAUUAUUUACUGGGAAGGCGAACCUCAAAAAUUUGCUAUUUGGUAUCCUUAUAUUCUAGCUUUUGAUAAUAAUUUCAUUGAAAUUAGGAAAAUCGAAAGCGGUGAAUUAGUCCGUUGUAUUUUGGGAGAUAAGAUUAGACUACUUCAAAGUAAUACACAAGAGAUAUUAUACGCCUAUGAGGAUCUUCGUGGAUUCGAUACCGUUGCGUCGUUGGAUUUUUGGGGUUAG